AUGACUGAAACGAAUUCAGAAUCAGCUCGACAACCACAUCCAAAUGGAGAGCAUGAAAAAGGCAAAGAUGUUUCUGUGAACGAUAAUGAAGAAGAUGCAAAUUUGUCAACAGGAGCUGACAUUCCACAAUCUAAAGAUGCAGAGCAACAGCAAAACAAUCCAUUGGAAAUUAGUACAGAAGAUGUGUGUAAGAACAAAGAGGAAGAUGGAGUGACUGAAACGCUAUGCUCUAAGGACAACGCCAAUGACAUUAACACCACGGAUACAGCGAAUGCAUAUUCAACUCCACAACUCCAUCCAAAUGGAGCCCAUGAAAAUGGCGAAAAUGUUUCUGAGAGUAAUGGAGAAGGUGUACCUUUGUCAACAGAAGCUGGCAUUCAACAAUCCAGAGAUGCAGAGCUACAACAGGACAAACUACUGGAAGUUAGUAAAAAAGAUGUGGACAAGAACAAAGAGAAACAUAUUGUGUCUGAAACACCGGACAUUUGCAAUGAAAUUAAAUCCAGGAAUUCCAUGAAUGGAUAUUCAGCUCCACAACCCCAUUCAAAUGGAGACCAUGAAAACAGCAUACAUGCACAAGCAUUCGAAUCUCCUGUUCUGCAUGGAGAUUCCAUGGACGAGCACAUGUGUGAGGAAUUCAGAAACACGACAACAGACUCACCAAGUUUACUUCAUAACAGGGAAAUCCAGGAUAGUGUAAACAUUCAAUCACUUCAGAAACCAUUGCAGGAUGAACUGCAGGUUUGUAGGGAAGGACAUGUUAAAGCAACUAUCCCUUUGUUCUCAACUGCAACACCUCAGCAGGAACUGGGCAACGUGAAGAGUACCCAUACAUGCCCCAGUCCAGUGAGGAAUCCCGGACCAAUUGGUCUUCUGCAAGAGGAGAACAUCUCAAUCGGCGGUCCCAGUAUAAAUAUGCUUCCAGAUGGAAUGAGCGUUCCGUUUGGCGCAGCAGUGAAGGCAAAGGGACCUGGAGCAGUUGAAAACAGUGACAAUGGACCCGAAUCUCUUGUUUUGCAUGGAGAUUCCAUGGACGAGCACAUGUGUGAGGAAUUCAGAAACACGACAACAGACUCACCAAGUUUACUUCAUAACAGGGAAAUCCAGGAUAGUGUAAACAUUCAAUCACCUCAGAAACCAUUGCAGGAUGAACUACAGGUUUGUAGGGAAGGACAUGUUAAAACAACUAUCCCUUUGUUCUCAACUGCAACACCUCAGCAGGAACUGGGCAACGUGAAGAGUACCCAUACAUGCCCCAGUCCAGUGAGGAAUCCCGGACCAAUUGGUCUUCUGCAAGAGGAGAACAUCUCAAUCGGCGGUCCCAGUAUAAAUAUGCUUCCAGAUGGAAUGAGCGUUCCGUUUGGCGCAGCAGUGAAGGCAAAGGGACCUGGAGCAGUUGAAAACAGUGACAAUGGACCCGAUAUUCCUGGUCUGCAUGGAGAUUCCACGGACCCGCACCUGUGUGAGGAACUCAGAAACAUGACGACAGACUCAGCAAGUUUACUUCAUAACAGGGAAACCCAGGAUAGUGUAAACAUUCAAUCACCUCAGAAACUAUUGCAGGAUGAAUUGCAGGUUUGUCGGGAAGGACAUGUUAAAACUGUUAUCCCUUUGUUCUCAACUACAACAUCCCAGCAGGAACUGGACAACGUGAAGAGUACCCCUACAUGCUCCAAUCAAGUGAGGAAUCCCAGACCAAUUGGUCUUCUGCAAGAGGAAAACAUCUCAGUCGGCGGUCCCAGUAGCAAUAUGCUUCCAGAUGGAAUGAGCAUUUCGUUCGGCACGGCAGUGAAAGCAAAGGGACCUGGAGCAGAUAUUCCUUUUCUGCAUGGAGAUUGCAUGGACCAGUACACGCCUGAGGAAUCCAGAAACAUGACAACAGACUCAUCAAGUUCACUUCAUAACAGGGAGAUCCAGGAUGAUGUAAACAUAAAAUCACUUCAGAAGCCAUUGAAGGAUGAACUGCAGAUUUGUAGAAAAGGACAUGUUAAAACUAUUAUCCCUUUGUUAUCAAAUGCCACACCUCAGUAUGAACUGGACAAUGUGAAGAUUACCCCUGCAGUAAGGAAGCCCACAUCAACUAGUCUUCAGCAAGAGGAGAAAGUUUCAGACAGCGUUUCCAGUAACAAUAUGCCUCCAGAUGGAAGGAUAAUUUUUUUCGACAGGGCAGGGAAAUCAAAGGGACCUCGAGCAGAUGAUGGGUUAAAGCUCAAUGAAUUUCUCAGGAAUGUCUCAGAAUAUGAUCUGCAAGCUCUCACAGCACACUUCAAACAGAGACUGAAAGAUGCAGUGGAGGAAUUUGGUCAACAGCUUGUUGUGAAUUUACUUAGUAAACAAUUAAUUUCUGACAAAGAAAGUGAGCAUUCGAGGAGGCUGAUAAAAGAGAAAUGCAACAGUGAGGCUUCAAAAUUCAUUUUUGAUAAAAUAAGAACAAUUGGACCCGUAGCAGUGAAGGCAAUGUGGGAAAUAUGUGUGAACAUAGAUGGCGUGACACCAAAGCUGAAUGAAAUACGGAAUGAUCUACUCAAGAAAGUUGAGGAGGUUAAGCUAAACGAAUUCCUGAGGAAUGUCUCAGAAUCUGACCUGCAAGUUAUCACAGCAGACUACAGAAAGAGCUUGGAAGAUGCAGUCGACGAAUUUGGUCAACAUGUUGCGUUGAAUUUACUGAAGAAAUAUUUUAUCUCUGACAAAGAGAGCGAGCAUAUGAGAAAAAUGAUACAUGAAAAGGGGAAGAGCGAGGCUUUCCAGUUGAUUCUUGAUAAAGUAACAGUGAAUGGAAUUGGAGCAAUGAAGAUAAUGUGGGAAACAUGUUUGAAGAUGAAUGAUAUGACACCAAAGCUGAGUAAAAUACGGAAUGAUCUAUUAAAGCAAGUUUACAGCACACACAGUUCCUAAAUGUUAAUUCAUAGUGUCCAAGCCAAAAUCCUGACGUUAUCAGAAUAUAUAAAUGUCGUUUUGGUAUGGAAUUUGCAAAUCGCAUUCUGCAUUGUACAUGAGUCUAUAAUUUCAUUCGCCGGGAGGAGAGAGAAAUCACGAAAAGGAGGAGAAAUUAUUCUGUCCAGUAUGCACAAUGUUACCCAACAUCAGAAGUGGUUGAAGUUAAUCUCAAGUCUAAAUGUAUCCAAUCUUUUUUGAGAAAUUUCAGUACUGAGGAUAAAAUUGUCAAAAAAUUGUUGAUGUUCUAGUUUCAUGCUCGAAAUUACUUGUAGUAUUCAGUUUGCUUUUCAUUUGUGUGGAAAGCACAAUCAGUAAAUUCAGCUCCUGCGUAUGCUAUCUUCUCUCUUUGUGUUGUUUGAUAUACUUCACUAACACCACAUCAUAAUAGCUACACUAGCGCAGAAUCACCAACCAUUGAAUCAAACAUCAGGCAUAAACAGAAAGUGAAAUUGCAGUAGAAACCCAGCAAAUCU